GGGUACGCUGGCAUCGUAAAAUGCUCGGCACGCGCUCGAGGAUUGAACCGUUCCCGGCCGAGAGUGUUGUUGGCUCGCGCAGGACAGCCGGAGGCUGAGGCAUGCCGAAUAGCUCCAGCUUCCAAGAAGUCCUGUGGACCUCUGAAGUGUUGGGUCGUUUUUGUACCGGGAAUGGAUGUGCAGUCCGACCGAUGUGCCCUGGUCGACUUCGAGAUGUGAUGGUGGGUUGCAGACCAAUGUUCGUCUCAGAGGCGUGUCCGCACCGUUCCACCCGCCACACUGAAUCGGAAACUGGCCUCGGAGAAUGCUGGUGUCCUAAUAGCGCUGCUGACCUGUUCGCGUCGAUAGCAUGUCGUGGCAGCUUCGCGAUGUUGAGACAGUGGCGAUCGCUUCCCACAUUCCAGUCGACCCUGACCCUCGGACGAACGACUGAGACGCCUCCUCGGCGACAAUUCUUUCAACAGCAUUUCAAUGCCGUGUUUUCUAGCUCACAGGCGUGCAGAUUCAAGGAAAAGCGGCACAUCUCACUCUCAUCGCCAUCAAGACAGCCGAGAGUCACUCCGAGGCAUAGCAACCAUGAAGGUCCACAGGCUUUCGGUCUUUUUGCCUCCUCGCCGGCGUCCUCGCGCCGCCCAUCGAGCAGGCUCAGAAGUCGCAGGUCCAGCCUCACGCUGGCCAGGACUCUGCCGCACCCGCAGACCAAUUCGAUGACGUCCCCCUGCCGGAAGACUCCUGGAGCCCCGAGGAUGAGCACGGCUGAUGUUGUGCCCGGGGGCGCCACAGAUAUUCCCAAAGUGAAGGUGAGGGUGUCCUACAGGGGGAAUCUUUGGUCCCCUCAGCCCCUUCCACUAGACCACUGACCUGUUGGAAAAGGCGUUGGCUAGAGAAACUUAGACCUAAUACAUAUAUGGUGGGACGGUGCGUGUCCUUGCGGGCCUAAAUUGGGAUGGAAGUGCGGGAUGAUCGUCUCAUUCCUCAGAGCAGA